AUGAACCAUCCUGAGGCGAUUGAUUACGUUAAUGAAUCCAGGACCGAGUGGCUGUUCAACAUUGAAAGAGCUCCCUGGUGGGGAGGAGUCUUUGAGCGAAUGGUGAAGUCAGUUAAGAGGUGCUUGAGAAAGUCUAUGGGACAAGCACGGUUGACAUUAGAUGAGUUACAUACAGCUAUAGAAGCUAUGACUGAUAACCUUUCCAGACACAAUUAUGAUGAUGAGGAUCCAGAAUUCAUUGCAAGACCAGACAUGAUGAUCAAAUGGUGUUCUGAGUACCUACUUGAGCUCAAGGAACAGCACCGAUACUCUAAGGGAGACAACGCUGAAGUUGAAAUAAAGGUUGGAGAUAUUGUCAUUGUAAAGAGCAAUGAGAAACGUCGUGGAUUCUGGAAUUUGGGUAAGGUGGAGUCUAUCAUACCAGAAAGAGAUGGAUUGAUUAGAGGAGCAACAGUUAGAGUUGCUACUGGAGGGAGAAAAUCAACAUUGUUGAACCGUCCAGUUCAACAUUUGCACCCAUGGGAAAUUAACCACCAAGAAGAGGAGAGCUCACAAGAUCAGCCACAAGGUCAAGGUCACAAGGAAACUGCGAGACCCAGAAGGGCAGCAACAUUUGAAGCUCGUGAUUGUAUCAUGGCUCAAACACUUGAUGACUGA